AUGGAUUUGUCAGAUGAGGAUGAGCUAUUUGCAAGGUAUUAUGAAGCGAAAAAGAAACAGAAAACUAUCAAACGGCAUCUUUCGUUUAAUGAAAGAAUCGCACAAAUGGGUGGAGAUAAUGGAAAAUUUAGCAGAAGAAUAAAUGCUGAAAAUCACAAUGAAACCUAUUUCGAAGACGCGCUAGACGAUUGGAGAAACGAGGAUCAGGGUCCGGAUCUUGAAUCCUUUGUGAAUGCGAUGAAGGAGUUCGACGUGAAGACGUACGCGCAACUUCUUCACAAAUCUGAGCAAGUGUUCAAUAUUCUCGUGGAGCAUAUAACAAAACCGAAUUGCCGCUCGAUUCCGGCGUUUUGCGGGAUACUCGCCGCGUUCGCGCGAGACCUACGCGACAAAUUCGCGCCCCAUCUAUGGAAAUCGUUGGAGUUGUUGUUCAAUAUUCUCGAUAUCGGCGCAAGACACGCGGAGAACGUCGAAGCCGCCUAUGUGUGCCUCUCAAUCAUCGUCAAGACGCAAUCGAAUUUGCUUUGUCGGCAAUUGAAAAAGGCGUUCAGGCAUUUUAUCGCAUUGUUCGCGAGUAGUCGAGAUUUUGCGAGAAGAUUCGCUGCUGAAUCGUUCGCCUUCCUACUGAGAAAGUCCACAGAUCUUCGAGCAAUCACCAUUUUCAUUAUGAAGGAGGCUUUUAAGAAUCCGCAUCAUUAUUUGUCGGACGGCUGUGCUCUUCUAUUCUACAACACUUUUGUCGGAAUCGCCGGCAGUUUCCAUAGCAACUCGUCACAAAUUCUCCGCGACAUCGUUCAUUCGUCGAUCACGUGCGAUGAUUCAGCGAAGAAUCCCGAAUUUUUGGAAUUUUGCACGAAAAUCAUUGUGCAGGUCGUCGGCUAUACCAUCGAUUACGCGAAAAACUCCAAAUAUGACAAUCGGCAUUUUUAUCAGCACGUUUUGACGAAAUUGCUCGCUGACGCGAAAAAUGUGAACGAGACGACGGCUUUUAUGAGGAUUCUGCUGCCAUGCAUUGUUGAGAAGAAUGAGGAGCUAAUGAACGAAGUGAAUCGAAAGAAAAUGAGAAAAGAGAAGGCGAAUAAGAAGAACAAAGGCCUAAAUAAGAUGAAAAACGCGGAGAAAUUGGUGUUCGAAUGCGGCGGCGAGCUUCGCGUUGCUCUUGAAGCCAUUGUGAAUCUUGACGAUUUUGAGCUGAACUCGAACAUUGUCACAUUUAUCAGCGAGGCGCUUCUCACAAUUUUCAACGAUGAUAAAAAUCGACUUUUCUCCAAAGACUUUACCCUGAAUAUCGUCAAAAAGACGAAAAAUCAUGAUCUAGCGAUCGAGCUGCUUCUGAAGACGUGCCAACUCGAAUCGUUUGAUUUGUAUCUAAUGCCGGCGUUGGGCCAAAUUGCCGCUGACAUUAUCAAGGAUUAUCCGAAGGUUUCCAAGGCGACGGAGAAGAUCACAAGGUUCUACUCGUACCUUUGCUGCCAGCGGCGUUCGAUUCAGGAAACUAUCGAAAGAGGGGCAACGAGGGCCAACUUUUUCGAUUUGACUCAUCAUUAUGCCUAUCGCGAUUGGAUUAUUCGAAAUUUCCAAGAAUACCAAUCGAUUGAUGAUGUGCCGCAACUAAUUGACAUGCUCGUUUCUUGGCCAUGGCUCUUCUCGUCGACGGAAAAUGUGAAGGGCGUCGAAUUUGUUGAGCAAAUGGCAAAAACUCUUGUGGAUGUUGAGGAUUCGACGAUCCGCCAUAGUCAAUUGAUUCUUGCAUGCGUCGCCGGCAUCUAUUCGGCGAAGAAAUCGAGCCUAAACGCGAUUCCGCGAGAUUCUAUUGAGAAGUUUGUGAGGCGUCAGAGUUGCUCAGAAUCGUCGCUUCUGGUGUUCGAGAUGAUUCUCGAUGUCAACGGGACUUCAGAAAGCGUGGACGAACUCAAUCGAGUUGUUGAGCUUCUCCUUCCCGCCAUGAAGAGCGAGAAUGAGGCGGAGCGAAGAACGGCGUUGAGGAUUCUGUGCAAUUUCCGCGUUCCGAUGCCGACGAUCACCGAUGAGAAUGGAAAGUGUCGCCAACAAACCGAAACCAUCUUUGAGAUUCUGCAUGAAGCCGAGUGCAGCGAGUUGACGAAUUUCCGCGAGCGUCUCCUUCAUUUUCGCAAAAUUCGCUACGAACAACACAAGGAGUUCAUUCCGAAUGGAAGCGACGUCGAGAGCGUCGAGCGAAUCAUUGUCAAUGCGCUCGCCUCGCAAUUUUUUGUCAAUUUCUCGCCACUCUGGAAAGGGAUUCACGAGAUUUUGACGUCGUUCGCCAGAGGCCUCAAUAUUGACGUAUUCUGGAGUGUGAUGGGCGAUUGGAUUCAGAAUGUUACCAUGAAUUUGAAGAAGACCGCGAGCGAUUCGAAUGGACGCCACCUUCAUGGAAUUGACGAGGUGAAUCGAUCGGAUUUUGCCAACGCCCGAGUUCAGAUUCUGGAGUUCUUCCAAUCGAUUCCAGACAUCGCCGAGCGACGAACGAGAAUUCUGAGUCCGAUUUUAUUGGGAAUCUAUGACGAUUUUCUGCGAUUGACGUCGUCGUCGUCAUCAUCGCAUCAAGUCGACACUUCUGAAGAGGUGACGAAUGAUGAGGUUGAAGUCGAUGAUGAUGAUGAUGAUGAUGAUGAUAAUGUUCCAUUGAAGGAGAAGAAUGGGAGUCGAAAGGAAGUCGCGCUCACUAUUAAGGCACUUCAAGCGCUUCUGUUGGUGUUCGCCAAAUUCACAGCGGCAAAAGCGACGUACAUGGAAGACAAACUACGCGAAAUGUAUGAGAAUCUGAUUUCCACAAAAUACGAGGGAAUUCAACGCGCUGCACUUGCUUGCAUCUUCACUUAUAGAAACAACAUUCUAAAUAAUUAUCGAGAGAACUUGGAGAAGCUUAUCGACGAGAAGCAAUUGAGAAACGCGCUCGCCACAUUCAAAUUGUCGAGCGACGAAGGCGACGCGUCGGUUAUCGAUGAGCACCGAGCGGUGGUGGUGCCGAUUCUUCUUCGAAUCCUUCGCGGCAAACUUCAAAUCAAUGGGAAACAGAAGGGAAUGGUCUCGCGGCGAAAUGGAAUCAUCAAUGUGAUUGGCGGUUGUCGGAGCGAUGAGCUCGCGUUCUUCUUGAAACUCUACUUCUCGCAAAUUUAUCAGAUGUUUGCGGGUUAG